AUGGAAGACUCGACCUCCCUGAAGCAAGAAAAAGAAAGCCAAGAACCGGAGGAAGCACGGCCGCGGGGGAAAGGAACGACAGCAGUUUCUCCCCCAUAUGCUGAGCCUGAGUCAUCCGAGCCCUUGGAGGUGGAGCAGGGGCCGGAAACUGGAGCCCAGCCCAGGAACAGCCCUCCUCGGAGCCCCCGGUCUAGAGCCAGCACAUCUCUGGGUGACCUCACGGGACUGGGAGCAUCACCUUCCCCUUCUGCUCCUCAGGAGUCCUCUUCUACUCUUUCUCCCCUGUCUCUGGCUAGACAGGACCUUGUGGCCCCAUCGCAGUCAGACAAGACCCCUAGUGUGAUUCCUGAAGCUGGGACGCCUCAUUCUGAUCCUUUGGAACUAUCAUCUGAUAAAAGAGAAUCGACUCCUCAUCACACAAGCCAAUCAGAGGGAAAAACCCUUCAACAGUCUCACCAACCGAAACCUCACUCGUAUGGGCCAAGGGAUGAGAGAUAUAACAGCUCUAAACAAAAAGAGCUGAGAUUUGACAUUUUCCAGGAGGAAGACUCAAACAGUAACUCUGAUCUAGAUCAGCCUGAGCUGGGGCCCUCGGAAGCCGCGCCCAGCAUGCUUGAGAUUGCCAUUCAGAAUGCUAAGGCUUACCUGCUGAAGACCAGCAGCAAGUCAGGCUUAAAUCUAUACGAUCAUCUUUCUAAUAUGCUGACCAAGAUAUUAGAUGAGCGUCCUGAAAAUGCUGUUGACAUUAUUGAAAAUAUUAGUGAAGAUGUAAAGAUGGCAUAUUUUAUCAAAAAGUUAGAUACACUCCGAAAUGAGAAUGAGAUGCUUCCAACAUAUGAAAUAGCAGAGAAGCAAAAGGCUCUUUUUCUCCAGGGACAUUUGGAAGGAGCUGACCCAGAACUGGAAGAUGAAAUAGCAGAAAUCCCUCUUCCGAAUAUAAUGGAGUCAGCUUUUUAUUUUGAACAAGCUGGAGUUGGUUUGGGCACAGAUGAGACUUACCGCGUAUUUCUUGCCCUCAAGCAGCUUACUGACACCCACCCGAUCCAAAGGUGCCGUUUCUGGGGCAAGAUCUUGGGUUUGGAAAUGAAUUAUAUUGUAGCUGAAGUGGAAUUCCGUGAGGGGGAAGACGAAGAGGAGGUGGAAGAGGAAGAUGUAGCUGAAGAGAGGGACAACGGAGAAAGUGAAGCUGACGAAGACGAGGAAGAUGAAUCACCGAAGUCCUUCUACAAGGCCCCACCGGCUAUACCAAAAGAAGAAGGUAGAACAGGGGCCAACAAAUAUGUCUAUUUUGUUUGCAGUGAACCAGGAAGACCAUGGAUAAAGUUACCAUCAGUUACACCUGCACAAAUUGUUAUUUCAAGAAAAAUCAAGAAAUUUUUCACUGGGAGAUUGGAUGCUCCCAUCAUAAGCUACCCGCCUUUCCCAGGAAAUGAGAGCAAUUACUUACGAGCACAAAUUGCCCGAAUUUCAGCAGGGACCCAUGUCAGUCCUCUAGGAUUCUAUCAGUUUGGUGAAGAGGAAGGAGAGGAGGAGGAAGAGGUAGAAGGCGGGCGAGAGAGCUUUGAGGAAAACCCCGAUUUUGAAGGCAUCCAAGUGAUCGAUCUAGUGGAAUCCCUAUCCAAUUGGGUUCAUCACGUACAGCACAUUCUCCCUCAGGGUCGCUGUAAUUGGUUCAACCCCAUACAAAAAAAUGAGGAAGAAGAAGAGGAAGAAGAUGAAGAAAAAGAGGAAGAAAAAGGAGAAGGGCCUGACUACAUAGAACAGGAAGUGGGGCCGCCUCUUUUGACACCAAUCUCUGAAGAUUUAGAGAUUCAGAAUAUACCUCCUUGGACAGCACGGCUAUCCUCCAAUCUCAUUCCUCAGCAUGCUAUUGCAGUCCUUCGAUCCAACCUUUGGCCGGGAGCAUAUGCCUUUUCCAAUGGCAAAAAGUUUGAUAACCUCUACAUAGGCUGGGGUCAUAAAUAUAGUGUAGACAAUUAUACACCCCCAGUUCCACCACCAGUUUAUCAAGAAUACCCCAGUGGACCAGAAAUUACAGAAAUGAACGACCCUAGUGUGGAAGAAGAGCAGGCUUUCAGGGCUGCAGAAGCAGCAGCUGUACUUGCAUCUGAAGAGAAUGAAGAAACUGAAGAUGAGGAUGAGGAAGAUGAUUAUGACUAA